GGCCUUUCUUAGUUUGUAGCGCUUGUUGUUCUGAGCGAGUGACCAUGUCUGGCCGGGGUAAGGGCGGUAAGGGGCUCGGCAAGGGCGGCGCCAAGCGCCACCGCAAGGUGCUGCGCGACAACAUCCAGGGCAUCACCAAGCCGGCCAUCCGCCGCCUGGCUCGGCGCGGCGGCGUCAAGCGCAUCUCGGGGCUCAUCUACGAGGAGACGCGCGGCGUGCUCAAGGUUUUCCUGGAGAACGUCAUCCGCGACGCCGUCACCUACACGGAGCACGCCAAGAGGAAGACGGUCACGGCCAUGGACGUGGUCUACGCCCUCAAGCGCCAGGGUCGCACUCUCUACGGCUUUGGCGGCUAAACUCGAGUUUUUGCAGCGCUGUAGCGCUUUUACAACACAAAGGCUCUUUUCAGAGCCACCCA